GACCGAUUGAAUCACAUCUGGGCUGUUUUUAUUUUCUCCAUCUUCGCCCUCAUCGUCGUCUUGGAACAGUUCGUUGGGGACCCAAUCCAUUGCUGGUGCCCCGCCGAAUUCACGGAUUCCCAUUGUAACUACACUGAAGCUUAUUGUUGGAUUGAGGACACUUAUUAUAUUCCCAAUGACCAGGCUGUACCGUGGGAAGAGUCAGCAAGACGCCAAGAUGAAGUUAAAUAUUACCCCUGGGUUCCCCUAAUUCUGGUAUUUCUAGCAGGGUGUUUUAAGCUUCCGAACCUUAUCUGGGAUAUGCUUAACGGUGUGACGGGGGUUAACAUAUCAAAAGUUAUUGAAACAGUCGAAGAAUCCACCAUGGCCGCUGAUAGACGUUUGAAAAUUGAAUUUGUGGCCAAUUACUUGGAUAAAUGGCUUUUUCAUUCACGAAAGCUGUCCUAUGGCACACUUUACAAGUUAUUUGAAUCCUUAUCAUCGUUUAUGUGCUUUUGUUUUGGGCAAGGAACUGUGAGUUUCAUUACUGGUCUCUACAUACUUAUCAAAUUCUGUUACUUGUGCGUAGCGGUCACUCUUCUAUUUCUUCUGAAUAAAGUCUUAGCAAUGAAUUACACUAUUUAUGGAUGGGAAGUUCUAGAUAACCUAAUCAACGGAGAAGAGCUGGUGGAGUCGUCACGUUUUCCACGAGUCACCUUAUGCGAUUUCCAAAUUCGGCAGCUUCAAAAUAUUCAAACGUACUCGGUGCAGUGUUUGUUGUCAGUCAACCUGUUCAAUGAAAAAAUCUUUAUUUUUACAUGGUUCUGGUUGGUAGCGCUCUCUAUUCUUAACCUAUUUGCUUGGUUGAGUGCCCUGAACGCGUUCUCUCUGCCAUGCUCUCGUCGGAAGUGGAUCAGAACACAUAUGGAUGCCAUGCGACGUAAAAGUCAUGACGAGGUAAAAGAACAGUUUAUAAUGUUCUUAGGCAUUGAUGGAAUUUUCCUCCUGCGAUUAAUCGAAGAUAACUCCAGUGAAAUAACCAUUGCUGAUAUUAUUUUGGAACUUUGGAGGUUAUUUAAUAAACGAGGACGUAUCAGUUCAACCCCUGAUGUAGGACAAUACAUACAGACCCUACGUUUCCAUCACGAAUAG